AUGCUGAGUUUUGAUGAGGGAGAAGAGGUUUUCUUUGAUACCAGAGAUUACUUGUCGAACGAGCCUGUUAUUGUAAAAGAAGAUUCAGAUUUAGGCUAUGAGAUUUGGUUGAGAGAGCCAAAUAGUGUUAAGGAAAGAAGGGAGAGUUUUCUAAAGAGAAUGGAUUUUGUGGAAUGUCAAUCCCCUCAUGAAUUAGAGACAAUGGGGGUGGAAAGGGUUAUUCAAUCUACUGAAGUAAUUUCGAGUUCUUGUGGAUUGUGUGGACCUAGCAUCGGUGAUCAUUUGGUAUGUAAAAGAGAGGAAUUGGACGGUGGAGCCAAUUAUUUGGUACAUGAUUCUGACCGAGAUUGGUUAGAUGAUAUGACCAUUGAUGCGGAGAGGCAAAUUAAUGAAAAUCCUCUCUGCACUGAACAAUAUAAGCUUAACCAAAUCCGAGUUUGUUCACAAGAAAACAACAAUGUGAGUAAGAUGAAGAAAAAGAACAAAAUGAUGCACUGUUGGAAGCAUUUUGUACAGAAGAUGAGGAAAAACCGAGGCACUAAAUCAUCCAAUGAAGCAAAACUAGUUAGGGAAGAAGUAACUAUGAGUUGGAUGAAGAUGGAACAACAUAAGAAGAGGUUUAUGGAGUGUACUGCUGUCUAUGCUGUACAAGAAAUUAGUGCUCACGAUGGCCUAAUUUGGACCAUGAAGUUUAGUCCCGAUGGCCAAUAUUUGGCUAGUGGAGGUGAAGACGGAUUGGUUUGCAUAUGGCGUGUGACUUCGCUAGAUCCCUUUUGCAAGACUUCGAAAUACAAUUUUGGUAUCCAGUCGAUGGAAGGCAAGUCGAGUUCUCAAAGACAAAAUUUGAGUGGUACUUCCAUCGUAAUCCCAGAAAGGAUUUUCCAUAUCGAAGAGCAGCCACUGAAGAAAUUUAGUGGUCAUGCCGUUGGUGUUCUAGAUGUGGCAUGGUCCACAACCAAUCAUAUUCUAUCUUCAUCCAUGGACAAAACUGUUCGCUUAUGGCAUGUAGAUUCUGACAAAUGUCUCGGUGUUUUUUAUCACAGUAAUUAUGUAUCAUGUGUUCAAUUCAACCCUGCGGACGAGAACUACUUCAUCAGUGGCUCCAUAGAUGGUAAAGUUCGAAUAUGGGGUGUUCACGAUAGGAGAGUGUUGGAUUGGGCGAAUGUGCGAGACGUAGUAACAGCAGUGUGCUACCAGCCAAAUGGCAAGGGAUUUAUCGUCGGGUCUGUUUCUGGUAACUGCCGUUUCUACGAAAAAUCAGGUAUUGAAUUUCUGCUAAAUGCAGAGAUAGCCAUUCGGGGUCGAAAGAAGUCGCCUGGCAACAAAAUUACUGGCAUUCAGUUUCUGAAAAAUGAAUCUCGAAGAGUAAUGGUAACGUCAGAGGACUCGAAAAUUCAUAUACUUGAUAGGCUCAAGGUCGUCCGUAAAUAUCGAGGUCUACCAAAGUCAAAAACUCAGGCUUCGGCUUCAUUUACUUCUAGUGGACGACACAUAAUAUCAGUUGGGGAGGACUGUCGUAUUUAUGUCUGGAACUAUGAUGAUUUGAUCAUCCAGACAUCCAAACAAGCCAAACCUGUACGUUCCUGCGAACAUUUCUUCUUUCAAGGCGUGUCAGUUGCUUUACCAUGGUCAGGAGUUGAUACAGAACAAGAUAGUUCAGCUUGUGAUUGUUUCCAACCUCGUCAACAAACACAUGACCACCAAGAGGCAUCCUUGAGGGUUCAGGAUUCGGGACGUUUCUCCCUGGCAAAUUGGUUCUCCAUGGAUGGAUCGUCCGGGUCCUCUAUAACAUGGCCUGAGGAGAAACUUCCUUUAUGGGAUUUACCACCUUCUGAACAUGAUUCUCAGCCAUGUAACAACUAUAGUGAUCAUCUUCAUCCGCAAAAAUUGAAGAAUAACAGCCAUGGCUCAAGAAUUCUUUCGACGGCAUGGGGCCUUGUGAUUUUGACAGCUGGUCGAGAUGGAAUGAUUAGGACAUUCCAUAAUUAUGGAUUGCCAAUCAAAACUUAA